GCAUUAGCCAAUAAGAUGGCGUCUAAGGAUGGCGUUUUCAGUCAGGUGAUUUUUUGUUCAAAUUUGCUAUGUUUAAUUAUCAAUUUAUUGAAUAAAAUCUUGCAGGAUAUGUUCAUUCUCGGUUGCAUCCAUGUAUCUGCGUCAAAAAAUAUCAUAAUUUGUCAUAUUCCUGGCACGUGAAAGUGGACCGUUAACAGGUUUCUAUAAGGAAUAGACUUUUUUUUUGCAUUACCUCUAAAAAUGUCAAAUGUCACAUUUUCAUUAUUGCCAACAUUGCCAACUUGAAAAUAUAUCCCAAACUAUGGAAAUUUGUCAAACGAUUUGUUCAAAAUCAGUAACGUGAUUUAUCAAUUUAGCAUUACAAAUAAUUAUCAUUAAUUUUUAUUCUGAUAACAAAGUUCUCGGAUGUUUAUUUUUAAGUGAAUUAAACUAGCAUCAUCAUCAUGUCUACGCGCAGUUCAGAAGAACUAAUUGAGAUGGCUAAAUUGGCUGAACAAUGUGAACGUUAUGAAGAAAUGAGAGCAAUGAUGAAGCAGGUCAUUGAAAAUGGUGUGGAGCUGACUACUGAGAUAAUAACCAUGCUGUCUAUCUCCUACAGACGCAAAUCAACCGCCCUGCGUAAAUCUCGCAACAAAAUUAUUGCAAUUGAAAAGAAAACUCGAAAAUCUGAACACAAACUUAUACUGGCAAUGCAAUAUAGAGAAGAAAUUCAAGCCGAACUACAUAAAAUAUGCAAUGAAGUUAUUUUGCUGUUGGACAAAUAUCUAAUUCCGAAAAUAGUCGAUAUGGAAUCAAAAGUCAUGCUUCUCAAAAUGAAAGCCGAUUAUUCGUGUUAUUUAGCAGAAAUUGCUACUGGAGAUGAAAAAAAAAACAUAAAAUAUUAUCCAGGUCAGGUUUACAAAAAGGGGUAUGAAAUGGCAGUUUCAUCUGCAAAAAUGCCACCAACUCAUCCGCUUAGACUGGCCAUAGCCCUUAAUUGGUCAACCUACUACUAUUCCGUUCUUGGAAACCGGAAGAAAGCUCAACUGCUUGCCCAACGUGUUUUGGACGACGCCACACUGGAGCUGCACAAGGUUCCGAAGAAUGUAGUCCAGAAAACCAUUGAUGUAAUGAAGAUCAUUUGGGACAACAUUGUAAUUUGGGAUAAACAGGCGAAUCGAGGUGCAUCUUUGGAACAUAAAAAUGCUGACCUUCUUCAACAAGGUGAGCCUCAGCCAAGCGCGGAGAAGUAAAAUGCUGCCUUCUUUUAUUUGCAAUUAUUUUAAAAUAAAGGUAAAUUUAACGUAUGCAAUCUUUAUUAGGUAUGCAAGUACACCAGAUUGCAAAAAUUCAGAAAAAUUAUUUAGUUUACUUUUCACACUAUUAUAUUUUCACUAACUUUUCUGUGAUUGAAC